CUAAGAAACUACAUCCUACCUGUUCCUUUAAAUACAGUACAAACGAUUAUACAAUAUGGGCCACGUUGAUAGAAGAGACUUUUUUUGCAGUUUCGGUAGAAGAUGUACCAUAAUAAUAAACGUGAUGUCGACGCUUUUACUAAGAUUGGUGAUCACAUUUUGCGAUUCAGAAGGAUGGUUCAGACUAGUACUGUUCUUGGAAGCCCUAUUUGGAAGUGCUAAUCUUUACAUGGGACUCGUCAUAAUUUGUGAAAUCGCCAGCAACUCGUGGCGUUCGUGGUUGAGUAUGAUCGUGAUGAGCCCUCGUUUGCUGGCUCUAGUUUGCGUGGUGCCAUUGGCCAACAGCAUGCCAAACUCCGAGACCUUCAACCUGAUCGGCUGUUUAUGCGGAGUUGGUUAUAUCAUCGUAUUGCGAUGGACACCCGAAUCCCCUCAAUGGAUGCUCUACAAUAGAAAGAUAAAAUAUGCAGAACAUGUGUUAUAUCGAGCUGCCCUACAAAAUGAUAUAACUUUCAGCGCUGAGUUCAAAAUAAGGCCAGUUAAUCAAAGAGCGUAUAACUGUUUGGAUGAAACAAUGACAUGUCUGCGAAUAUUUAGUAUACAUAAUGUACGAGUUGUCGUUGUGGUGUCCCUAACAUUUUGGAGCUUAUUCUAUUUCCUAUGGGCCACGCUUUACAUGAAAAUAUUUAGUAAUGGAGUGGGUAUCUCCAUGCUGUUAAAAAUAUUUGGUUUUCUGGCCUUACUAUUUUGUGCCUUUGUCUUCCUGUCGAGUAGGAUAAUAUUGCAAAGAUUUCUGAUGAUAAGCCUCAUGUUAACAGGAAAUAGAGUCUACGAAUUCUUAUCAUCGAUGGCGUUAGCGUCGGGCAUAAUGGUACAUUGUCUGAUAUUGAACAUAACGCCUCGGUUUUACGCUAUCAACGUUCGCGCCACUCUCUUUGGGUGUUGUCACGCUUCAGGACAGCUAGGGGCUAUGACAAGCUACAUUAUUUUCAUCUACAAAGCCCUAGAUGACAUCUCCUUCGCUACUCUGGAACUUGGAAUAGCAAUAGUAUUGAUUUGCUUGACUUUCGUCCUGCCCCAAGUGGAUGGAAGAGAGCUGCCUGAUAUGAUGGAAGACAUGGACUACUUUUCCGAACUGUCGAAGCCUCUUCGGUGGGCAACACAGAAGAGAAACUCUCCUACGAACGAGGAGAUAGAGAUGCGAGUAUACUCGUAUGCGAGCGCUCCUACCACUAGCACCCUGCAGGGAUCAACCGACGAGCCGUUGCCGCUGUUAAUCCGACCAAAACCUAUAGGACUCAAACUUUGGCAUAGGAUAGUAAAAUGCUUGCGCAGAAGAAAAGACACGCCGCGACAGAUGAAUCCAGCACAACAAACCUUAGGCAAUUCAUAUAACCCACUGUAAAUACAUUAUGUUGAUACUAGAGAUGUGCUGGCUACUCGAAAAAUUCCCUGAUAUUAUCAGUGGGCGGUGACUAGUCGGCAAGGCUAGUUUAGUCUUGAAUUUACUAUCGUCAUGCAAAUAAUUCGAUAAACAAUUGAACAUAAACAAUAGUUUACGUCUCCUAGUAGACUAGUCAGCUGAAGUCAGCACGUCUCUAGUUGCUAUUGCUAGGUGUAUUAUAUUAUGUAGGUGUAUUUCUAAAGUUUGAAAGAAAAUUAAAAACAAAGUAAGUAAAUAAAUUGCUUGGUUUUAUUGUUUUAAAUAUAAAAUUAUAUAUAUACCUAUGUAUAAACUAGUCAAAUAAAUAUAAUGCUAUUUUGAA